GACUGGGCAGCCACUUGCCGGCGGGGACUGGGCAGAGCGCUCCGCGGGGGGCGGGGGGCUCCGAGGCGGGCCGGCGGGCAGACCCUCCGGCCGGGCGAGGGACCUGAACGCUUCUCUUCCCCGCCCUCUUUUGUGUUUCCCCUCAGACUCACCGGCCACCGGGGGAGCCUCGGCCGCCCCCGCGCCCGGGGGUCGUUCCCUCGCAUCCUCCCGGCCUCGGGAAGGCGGCGGCGGCGGCGGCGGCGGCCGGAGCCGGGCUGGGCGGCCUGAGGUGAGAGCCCGGCCGGCCCCGCUGGGAAUAUGGCGACCGGUGGCUACCGGACCAGCAGCGGCAGCACCACAGACUUCCUGGAGGAGUGGAAGGCGAAGCGCGAGAAGAUGCGCGCCAAGCAGAACCCCCCGGGCCCGGCCGCUCCGGGCGGAGGCGGCAGCGACGCGACCGGGAAGCCCCCGGCGGGGGCUCCGGGCACCUCGGCCGCAGCCGCAGCCAACGAGCUCAACAACAACCUCCCGGGCGGCGCGGCCGCACCUGCCGCCCCCGGCUCUGGGGGCGUGAACUGCGCGGUGGGCCCCGCGGCGCUGCCCCGGUCCACCCCCGGCUCCCGGCGGCCCGAGGACGAGCCGCCCCCCACGGCCACCGCCGCGGUCUCCGCCUCGGGGGCACCGCCGGCCCGCGGCGACAAGGAGGAGCGGGACGGCGCCGCGGAGAAAGGCAAGAGCUCGGGCCCCAGUGCCAGGAAAGGCAAGGGGCAGAUCGAGAAGAGAAAGCUGCGGGAGAAGCGUCGCUCCACCGGCGUGGUCAACAUCCCCGCGGCCGAGAAGACAAAAUGGAGGCUUAGAGAAUUUAAACGACUCGGGAUCACAUGGAAGUGCUUAGAUGAAUAUGAAGAUGAUGAAGCAGGGCAGAAAGAGCGGAAACGUGAGGAUGCAAUUACACAACAGAACACGAUGCAGAAUGAAGCUGUCAGCUUAUUAGAUCCAGGCAGUUCCUACCUGCUACAAGACCCAUCUAGAACAGUUUCAGGCAGAUAUAAAAGCACAACUGCCUCAGAAGAAGAUGUUUCAAGUAGAUAUCCCCGAACAGAUAGAAGUGGGUUCAGCAGAUAUAACAGGGAUGCAAAUGCUUCAGGUAAUUUGGUCUCAAGUAGCAUGUUGGAAAAGAAAAUUGAAGAUCUUGAAAAGGAAGUAGUAAGAGAAAGGCAAGAAAACUUAAGACUUGUGAGACUAAUGCAAGAUAAAGAGGAAAUGAUCGGAAAACUCAAAGAAGAAAUUGAUUUGUUAAAUCGAGACCUAGAUGACAUAGAAGAUGAAAAUGAACAACUAAAGCAGGAAAAUAAAACUCUUUUGAAAGUUGUUGGUCAGCUAACAAGGUAGAAGAUUCAAGACCCAGUGUGGAAAAAACAUUUUAAAACUACUGAUUGAAUGUUAUGGUUAAUGCUAGGAUAAUAUUCCUAUGCUGCAAUACAUUAAGUAUGUAUAUUUAUUUCGAGAAAACAGUGGGUGUUUAUUUUCAAAAUACUUCUUUUUCAUUAUUUCAAAACAGUAUCAGCCUUCUGUUUCACCAAUAAGUAACAUCUUUCAGUUAUUAAAAUGAUCAGUUAUGCCUCUUUUGGUUUUGUGUGGUAUUCAAAUAAUAUGUGGUUUAAAGUCACAACCAUUUGACUAUAUUUUAUCUAUGGUAGUGUGUUUUUUCCCUAAAGGAAUAUACAUAGUCUUUGUUUACAUGGAUUCAAAUACUUUUGGGGAAUUACCUGCAAUUGCCUUAUUACUGAUGUGUGCAAACUUACGUGUUGUUGAUUUACUCAUAUAGGCUUUGUCUAUUGUCAUUUGUUCUUUCAACUUAUUCUAAGCAGCUUAGAGUAAUAGAGUGUCAUACCAUUUUGUACUAACAGUCAUCUUUAAAAAGGAAAGCUAUUAUGAAAAGUCAUUUAAUAUCAUGUACCAGUUGGCUAAAUAUAAAAAAUUUUAGAGAAUACUUGAAUUGUGCUACAGUAAAUUAAAAUAUACAAUUUUUGUAUUUGAAUAUUGAAAAAAAUUUAAAAUCACUUUAGCGUCUGAAAAACAUAAACUUGUAAUUUCAUUGUAAAAUUUCUUAUGUAGGUACUACAUUUUUUAUUAUUCCAAGGUUUAUAAAUGAACAUAGAAUAUUUAAAAAGCUGUUAACUCAUCAUUCCAGUGGA